GAUUGCAGACUACGUAUCCUCCUGACGGUACUUCCUUCCUCUCUCUUGAACACCUGGAGCUGUGUUCAUGCUCUUCAGAGUGGUGGAAUCUACUUACCCUUAUACUCAAUGAUGCUCCGAGGCUUCGAGUUCUUAAGCUCAAUUUGUUUCAGGAGCACUGUGUCCAACACGACGGGAUGGUUUCAUGGAACAAACCAAGUUUUGUUCCUGAAUGUUUGUCAUCUCAUCUUGAGAUCUUUGAGUGGAGACAGUACAAGGGCACAGAGACAGAGAGAGAAGCGGCAAAGUACAUUCUAGCCAAUGGGAGUCAUCUAAAGAAGGCAGCUUUUUACUCAGAAUCGGCAGAGAAGCAGGGGAUGUUGAAGGAAUUGGAAUGUGUGGCCAGAGAUUCUUGCACGUUUGUGUUUGAGUAAGCGCUUCAGCUGGUAAUAACUUGGAAUGAUGUGUCUAAUAUUAAAUUUAGAGAAGAAUGAUAACAAAUGAAUGUGGUAAAUUAAUUACCUUUUGAUGCGAUGUAAUAUCUAACCUUCCUUUUUCCUUAGCCUUCCCUGUAAAAUAAUAACUCGGAAUGUUAUGUCUUAUUUCUUCUUCUUC